CCCAGAAUGCAGUGGGACAGGAGACGGCCGACGGUCUCGUCAUGGGUCAAGGCUACAACGUCACGGCCGUGAAGCUCGUGCAGGUCAGUCGGAGUCUACAGGGAGCUGUGGGGUCCGACAAGCUGCUGCUGGUGCGACUGUUCAACCCGUGGGGGGACAAGGAGUGGACAGGGCCGUGGGCCGACUCAAAGUUCUAUAGAUAUCGGUCCCCCGAGUGGAGACGAGUCCCGAAGUCAGAGUGGGAGAAGAUGGGAGUCAGGUUCCGCCAGGAGGGAGAGUUCUGGAUGUCCUUCAGCGACUUCAUCCAGAACUUCUCCAGCAUCCAGAUCUGCCACUUCGUGAACACCUCCUUCUUCUCUUUAAAAAAGACGUGGAAUGAAUCUACCAUGCACAGCAAGUGGUCGCACUCCGGCAGGAACGGCGGCAGCAACUACUUCUCUCCGACAUUCCUCAGCAACCCACAGUAUUUGUUCGACAUCACGGGAGCGUCAGAUCGGAUCAUGGUGUCCCUCGAACAGCACGACGUGGGCGGUGGCAGGCAGUUCCUGGGGCAGGACCUCAACGUCAUUGGCUUCCACAUCAUGAAGGUGGAGGAAAACCGGAAGUACCGUAUGCACGUGCCGGGAGAGAAGAUGUUCACAUCGGAUUACGUGAAAUCUCGCAGUGUGUACGGGACCACACUGCUGAAGCGUGGACGAUACGUCAUAGUCCCGACUACCAAAGAACAGGGGACGACAGGGGAAUUUCUGCUGAGGCUGUACACAGGGUCGGCCGCUGGGGGAAGCGGAAUCAGUGGCACUAGCAGGGCCUUGGAGAAGGAGUGCCCGUCCAGUGGUUGUCCGUGUGUGGCCGGCUACAGCAUGGUCACCACAAUCACCGUGGAGUCUGCCGAAGGUCUGGAACUUCCUAUGAAGGCUAAAGGCAAGGGAUCUCUGGACCCCAUGGUCAGCAUCAAGUGUGAGGGGGAGAAGGUCAAGUCUGUGGCAUGUCCAGGAACCAGCACCCCCACGUGGAGCGUCAAGGCCACGUUCUACAGGAAGAAGACCCACCUGCCUAUCACAGUCGACGUGCUGAAUCACAACAUGCUGAAGAACGACCUACUGGGCACGGCGACCAUCCCCGACAUUGGCAGCGUGACCGGCGAGGACAAGGAAUACGACCUCUUCAUCGUGGUGAAGAAGCUGAACGAGAGCGUCCCGGGCAAAAUCCGCGUCAACAUCAAGUCCUCUUACGAUCUCACCGAGUUGUAACCCCACGUGACAUCACGUGAUAGGAGGGGAGACAACUGUAUUCAUUUAAAGUCCGUCCAGCAGCUUCAUCGUGGGCUGGUAGUUGUUUGACAUGUCAUCAAGUAGGAAUCCCAGUUGGAUGUGUCUCUCUGACGUUCUUAUGAGAUUACUGUUUGUGUUAAUUCAUGUUGGGAAGCAUUUGUAUAAAGAGUUUAAAAACGGGCAUUCCCGUAAAAGGCAAAUUACCUCUCUCCCAUCCUUAUAUCAGACUGCCGCUCUUCGAGUUGCAUUCUGGGAUACCAGGGAUGUGACCUAGAGUUGCAUUCUGCGAUAUCAAGAAUGUAACCCCGAGCUGCAUUCUGGGAUACCAGGAAUGUAACCUAGAGUUGCAUUCUGGGAUACCUGGGAUGUGACCGGCUGCUUACUGAGAUGUGACUCUUGUUGCUCUUUGUGAUGUGAUGUGACCUCCCGUUUCUGUCUGGGGUGCCCGGCAUAAUGACCUCAUUUUACUGUCUGUGAUAUCAGGGUAAGGAAGUCCAACGUUGUCAGGGAUACCAGGGGGCGUAGCCUAACGUCGACCAUGUGUAUGUUGCCUUGCCUUGCUAUGUGAUAUAUAUGGGCUCGUGUCCUCUAUUGCUGUAUGUUAUUUCAGGGACGUGGCCAGAAAGGAUGAGGCUUGUUAUAUUCUCUUUUGCUUCAUAGGAGCUUAAUCCCGACCCUGCAAAGUAUUAACGCUGAUCUCGGACUGAGCUGCUGACACCGGCUUUGUAUUACAUUGUUCAAAUCAUUGCAUGUUAUUUUCAAACGUGCAAUGUCAUGUCAAUGUGUAUAUGUACUCUCGCUGUAUAUACUGUGCAGUGAUGUCAAUA